CAGCCAUGGAGUCAGAGAGUUACGAAAGCUACACUGAUAAGACGAGAGUGUACGAUUUAAAACCGUUACGCACUCUAAAACCAGUGUUCCCCAGCGGGAAUCACCAAGCUCCACCACCUUUUGUCUGCUCGCCUCCUUUCGGUCCUUUCCCUCCUGGCUUCUCACCUUUCUAUCCCUUCACCUCCUCUCAACCACACACUCACCAAAACACCUCCUCACAACCUUCCUUGGUCACUCCUCUGAGAUCAUUCAGGUCUCCUAACAACAACAACGACGACGCGGAUCCCGAAGAAGGCUGCUCAACUCCGAAGAAGAGAAAGAUCCCUAAAAAGCGCACACCAGAGAAGAAGAACGUGAACUUCGAGAGCGGGAUCACCGCCGCGGAAAGAGAGAACGGGAACAGGAAGCUCGUGAAGAGCGUUCUCACGCGCUACGAGGCGCUCAGAAGAAGGUUCUCACAGCUGGAGGACGCGAGAGAAGCCGUGAGCGGGAUCAACAAACGCGCCGAUCUGAAAGCGGGGUCCACUUGCAUGAGCAGAGGCGUACGGACCAACGCCAAGAAACGUCCCGGCGUUGUCCCCGGGGUCGAGAUCGGGGACGUGUUCUUCUUCAGGUUCGAGAUGUGUUUGGUCGGGCUGCAUUCUCCGUCGAUGGCUGGGAUCGACUAUCUCGCCGUCGAUGAAGAGACUACUAUCGCCACUAGCGUCGUUUCCUCUGGUUACUACGAUAACGAGGAAGGUGAUCCGGAUGUUUUGGUUUACACCGGUCAAGGCGGUGGUGGUAACGCUGAUAAAGAGAAGCAAACCUCUGAUCAGAAGAUGGAGAGAGGUAACCUAGCUUUGGAGAAGAGUUUGGUUCGGAACAGUCCGGUUCGGGUGAUAAGAGGGUUGAAAGAAGCUUCUCAGGGGGGUAAUAAGAUUUAUGUCUACGACGGUCUCUACGAGGUCAAAGAGUCUUGGAUGGAGAAAGGGAAGUCAGGGCACAACACUUUCAAGUAUAAACUAGUGAGAGCUCCUGGUCAGCCUCCUGCUUUCGCUACGUGGGUUGCUAUACAAAAGUGGAAAGCUGGUUUGAGGGAAGGGCUUAUACUCGCUGAUCUCACUUCCGGUGUUGAGAGCAUUGGCGUUUCGCUUGUGAAUGAAGUUGAUGAAGAGAAUGGUCCUGGCUAUUUCACUUACUCCACGAAGGUGACUUACUCUGAGUCUUUUAACCUGACGCAGCCUUCUUUGGGAUGUGAUUGUCUCAGCAGCUCGUGCAGACCGGGGAACUUGAACUGUCAUUGUAUAAGGAGAAACGGAGGUGAUUAUCCUUAUUGUGGUAAUGGAGUUCUAGUUAGCCGCAAGGGUAUGGUGUAUGAAUGCAGCCCGUCUUGUCCGUGCUCUUCUUGCAAGAACAAGGUGACUCAAAUGGGGAUAAAGCUUAAGCUUGAAGUUUUCAAGACGGGGAACAGAGGGUGGGGCUUGCGGUCGUGGGAUCCCAUCCGUGCCGGUUCGUUUAUAUGUAUAUACGCAGGUGAGGCCAAGGAGAAGGACCAGACUAUAGAGAGUGAUGAUUAUGCUUUUGAUACGACUCGUGUGUAUACCAGUUUUAGAUGGAACUAUGAGCAUGGCUUAGCAGACGAAGUUGAUUCUGAAGAGGUGUCUGAAGAACCUGAAAUGCCGUUGCCUUUGGUGAUCAGUGCUAAGAAUGUUGGGAAUGUUGGGAGGUUCAUGAACCAUAGUUGCUCUCCUAAUGUAUUUUGGCAACCGGUUAGUUAUGAGAGUAACGGUCAGCUAUGCUUGCAUGUUGCCUUCUUUGCCGUUUCUCACAUCCCUCCCAUGACUGAGUUGACUUAUGACUAUGGAGUUACUCAACCAAGCGAAGCUCAAAAUGGCAAUGCUUUGCACGGCAUGAGGAAGUGCUUUUGUGGAUCAGAGUAUUGCCGUGGUUCAUUUGGUUAAUGA